GCAAUGGGCUCCGCAAUAGCCAAACGCCUCGUUCACGCCGGCUGCACAGUCUACACCAACCUCGACGGUCGGUCUCCCGCAGCCCACCAACGCGCCCUGGACGCAGGGAUGAUAAACGUCCCCCUUGAAACCCUCUUAUCCAAGUCAAACUGGAUACUGAGCAUCAUGCCUCCAGGUGAAGCGUUUACGUUCGCGCGCAAAGUCGUCGCGGUGUCCAAUUCCGUGCCACUUCCCCUUCCGCGCGCGUUUGUCGAUUGUAAUGCUGUGAAUCCAGAAACGGUAAAACGCAUCGGAGGGCUGUUUAAGGAAACCCAUAUGGGAUUCAUCGAUGCAGGGAUAGUAGGGACACCGCCUCGAGAAGGAUGGGAUCCCACUUUUUACGCCUGUACAGAAUCAGGAUCAGAAGAAGUAUUGGAAGAGUUUGCUGCGCUGUCCCAAUACGGACUUAAAAUAUCACCGUUGAAAGGCGCAGGUGCUGGAAUUGGUGAUGCAAGUUCUUUGAAGCUUUGCGAGUCUAUGAUGAAGAAAGGAUCUAUAGGCCUCUUCAUGACGAUGAUGCUGACCGCCCACCGCUCCUCACCAGCAACAGCUGACGCUCUAAUGAAAGAACUCAGCAUCUCCCAACCGGCCCUAAUGGGCAGACUUAUCCAAACAGUCCCAGAAGGAAUCCCCAAAGCUUACCGAUUCGUAGCCGAGAUGGAAGGGCUCGCAGAAUUUGUAGGAGGGGGAGAAGCAGAUGUCUUCAAGGGAUUUGCGAGGGUGUUUGAGAGGGUCGCGGGAUCGCUCGAGGGUGAUGGGGUGGAUGUCGAGACGUUGAGGACCGGCGUGGAGAAGGCUUUGGAGUUGCAGGGGACGUCGAAGUAGGCGUUGAUCCUGAUUGUGAUGGCCCUAUCUCCAGUUCGGUCGAUGGUCCAUGUACUUCAUCGUGGCGAUGUGCUUCAACGUUUCAACUAGAAGGGCUUGUCCGAGUCAAUCAGUCAGAGAUUUUGCUCAACACGCAUUCCAAACUUUAUGUGCGAGGUUGUACUUGUCGAGUAAUUAUAAUAUCAACUACAAACUUGUAGACACGGA